AUGGCUCCAUUUAAAUUAGAUAACAUUUUAAUUAUUUAUCCAAAAUCUGAAACCACUUUGGUCCAGUUUGGUCUAAACGAUGAAACUUUUACGGUCCCUGAGUUCGAAAUCCCAACUAAAAUUUACAAGUCCAUAGAUAACAAUAACCAAUAUUUCUCAACUCCUGAAUAUAGAACAUAUGAAAUUUUUCCCAUUAGAAAUGGUUCAAUUGUUAAUCUAAAUGCUUUUUUACAAUUCUUAAAAUUGGUCUAUGGUUCAAUUUUAUCCAAAAUUAAAAACGAUAAUAGGAAUAAUGAUAAUAAUAAUAGUAAUAAUAGUAAUAAUAAUAUAAUAUUACCUGAUUUAACCAAUAUACCAAUUUUCAUAAUAUCCAAUUAUUCAUGGACUAAUUUUCAAAUUGAAAAAAUCAUACAAUUUUCUUUUGAACAUUUGAAAUUCAAUAAUCUAUAUUUACUCUCCAAUUCCUUAGCCACGACAUACGCACUUAUAUCCCAACCUAAUUCAAUAGUGAUAGAUAUCGGAGCUAAUCAUACAGAUAUUGUGCCUAUUAUCGAUUAUAUCUCUUUGAACCAUCUUGCAUAUAAAUUGAAGUUCGGUGGGAACCAUAUUAAUAAAACUUUACAAAAACUGUUACCACAAUUCAAUAAUGAAACUAUUGAAAUCUUGAAAAAAUCUAACAUCUUCGAAGUGGUCAAUGAUGAUAUGAAAAGGUUACAUAACAUCGGUAUCCUAAGCACACCAAAUGAUGCUUCCAGUGGCUUUGGUGCGGAAGGUGAUGAUUUAUUGGAUGGAUCCUUAAACGUGGUCGAUAUUGUCACUUCAAAUCGUGAUACAAGAGAAAUCUUGGCUGAAAGAGAAAAAUUGAAGAAUGAAAAGCAUAAAAAUGUUAAAAACACUGAAUUGGAAUUUAAUACUUUUUGGGACCAAAAUGGUAACGAGUUACCGGUCGGAAAAGAAAGAUUUCAAGGUUGUGACGAUUUAAUCUCAAAAAUAUCAGAAAUGGUCGGAUUUGUCAUGCAAAAUGUUCAGGAUAUCAGUAAAGUCAAAUUAGCAUGGGAUAAUAUCAUCAUCACAGGUGCAACUAGCUCCAUAGAAGGGUUUAAAGAGGGUCUGUUGGCACAGCUGAUAAAGGACCAUCUAAUCAUUGAACCUGAAGAGGAAAGAAAUAAAAGAGAAAAAGAAUUGCUCGAUUCUUUACCCAACUAUAAAAGAAACAGAAAUAAAUUCAUGGAUUCUUCAUUUGUACCAAACGUCGAAUAUAGUCAAGUACCCAAUUCUAUUAAAUUAGCCAAAUAUCCAGAGUAUUUCCCCAAUUGGAAAAAACAUGGAUACGCUGAAAUCCCAUUCCUGGGUGCUCAGAUUGUGGCUAAACAAAUUUUUACUCAUUCAAGAGAUGUAUUAUAUAUUACUAGGGAGAGAUAUGAAGAAGUUGGUCCUUCCUGUAUCUGGGAUAUCCAAUUAUAA